UUGCUGCAGGGGUGUGAGAUGGUGCAGAGCUUUGUAAAAACGGGCUUUACGUUUCUGAUAUUGCAUUUGUAAAGAAGUACUGGCUUAGGACUAAAGCUGCUUGUUGUGUUCAUCAAACAAAUGACGUGUGAGCAGAUGGAAAAGAGGGAAUGCUAACUGAGGAAUGUUUCUGUUGACAUUCAGGGCCAGACUCGGCAGCCAAGCUGAAGCUUCUUGUACAGCAUGGAUUGAGUACUGUGUGAGCCCUGGAGAGACACGGCCUUCACCUGCCUUAAUUAUACACUGGGCAAGAAGCCUGCAAGCAACAGGCGUUAGCCUGAACUCGUGCGACCAGAAGGAAUCUAUUGGAAGAAGCGUCUGCUACUGGAAGGAAAUUCUGCUUAGCUUGAAAACUAUCAAAAAGCACAGAAGUAUUCCUGAACCUGCUGAUCCUCUCUUCAAGCAUUUCCAUGGUGUGGACAUCCAGGUCCUCCAGGUUGCAGCCUGUGAAGAAGAGGCACGUGUGGCUUUUGCAAUGCUGGGUGCAGCUGAAGGCAAAACUGAUGAUGCUUUAUUAGCCUUUGAAGCUGUUAACAAUGCGGUUUCGUACUGGAACCUAUGCACUGUAAGUUUGUGAAUUGCAUUCCCUCAGAAUGCUUUUCUGUCA